AUUGGCUAGAUUCAAAUGUUCCAAAAAUGCAUUGCACCAAUAAAAUGGUUAGAAUUCGACACUGGGGGGAACAUAAACAAUAGAAUUUCGACUUCGAGAGCAUCCUUGCUAGAUGACGAAACUUUAUUAUCUCCUGCUGACAGUAUAAGCUAUUCAGAAUCUGAAGAAAUUAAGCGGAAGUUAAACCGUAGUUCGUCUAACUCCAAAGAUAUCAAUGAGAAAUUGACGCCGCCUUCUCCUGGCACUCCAACGAAUGCAUCAAAUUCAUUAUCCCUUUCAGACGGUAAAGAAGAUUUUUUGAUAGACGACGAGAUUGCCGACCAACCGGCUCUCAUUUUCGAAGACACUUUAUCGAUGACUCAGGAGAACAACUCUGAAACCAUCAUGGAAUCGACUCCUAAACCAAAACGGAAAGUUCCAGCAGGUUUCGAAGGGAGCCCCUUGAGCUCCAGGAGGGGAAAGUUCUUGCAGAACAGGACGGGGUCGCUGGACACGUUGUCCCCCUGCGAGAGCAUAGCCAGUGACGAUCUCAUGAUGGACUUUUACUUGAGUCAAAGUAGCGGCUUGGAUGAUUGUGACGGUCAGAGUAGUGGGUAUCCAUCAAUAAGUGAUACAUUGAUCCAGAAAAGUGAAAGCGAAAAUGCUUGCCGAGGAUUGAGGGAUUGGAACAGUCUUCUUGGAAGGAGCUCGGGCCAAGAAAAACAGAAAAGAAG